CGCUGUAACUGAAACCGUUCCGUAUGGAGUUUGCAGACGACCCUUUGCCGUUGCCAACGACGAGCAGAAACAGGAUUCCAAGGUCUCGCGCAACGUCUCUUGCUCGUUCAUCAAAAUCAAAUUCGAGAGCGUCUUCGGUGGGGUCUACGCGUUCCACAAGGCGAUCUGCUAGGAUGGACACUAUAAGCCAUGAUUCGGAGGGACUUGAAGGGGAGGAGAUUGUGAUGCUUGACACCCGAGACACAGAGCGUCGUGGUACACGACAUAUCAUUUCUCUCGACGGCGACAACGACGAUGAAAUCUCUUGGACAGUCGAUGAACCACAGCCAGGACCUUCAGGGUUGCCAGCGCGAGACACGGCGCCUACAGACAACGAGAGCGGACCAGGACCAUCAAGUACAGCUCAAUUAGUCGCGAACGCAGAACCAGGACCGUCAACCACAGCCAACCUAACUCGCGUUCUUCGAAUGGCUGAACUAGAACAACCUCGACUCCGGGAACAAGAAGAAAUCUCAAUGGCUUCAACUUCUUCGUCGAAGCGGCCUCGAUCAACACCUAGCGAGGACGAAGACGACGGUACUUUCGGUCCCGGAGAGGGAGAGGACUCGUCUACCUCUCGAAGAACACGAAGAAGGCUUGAAACCACAAUAGGAGAGUCUUCGAGCUCUGUGGCCUGGAAAGGGGAGGUGCCAAGUGAUGUGGGUAUGCGCGUGGACCCUCCACCUGCGCGGUAUCCAUUUGAGCAUGCCAAUGCAAGGCCGAGCGGCAGCGGCGCUGGAUCGUCGAGUUUAGCAGGCCCUUCACAAGAGACUCAAGCAACCAGAAUCGAUGAAGAGGAGCCCGUUACGGAUCCACCACCCACUCAGCUUACCCCUGAUGCCACCGCUUCUGGGUCUGGCAGCGGCAGUUUGGACUCAUCUUCUCUAUCCCAGAGCUUUGCCGAAGGCGACGGGGGCUCUUCGUCCAUUGUGGAGGGGAUUUCUGCAUCGCGCCCUGGCUCAUCGACCACGGCUGGUGGAUCGAGCUCAACAGUCUCAUCCGCACCUGACGACACUAACUCAUCCUCCAACGCGCCCGACCCUGCUAAUCCACCACCAGUAUCCCCAACCAAGCCCGAGUCAAGCACAGAAUCUCAGCCCGAUUCACUAUCUUCCUACACCUGUCCCAUCUGUUUCUACCCGCCCACGAACGCAACGUUGACACCCUGCGGGCAUAUCUGCUGUGGAGAAUGCCUCUUCGCAGCUAUCAAGACUACCCUCAAACGGAACGAGCAUCUGUUACCCCCAAGGAUUGGAGGCGGGUUCCGUAAGUCGUUCUUCAUUUACCAAUUCGUCGUCUCGACUCUAAUGAAGAUACAGGCGAUCCUACAUUUGGAGGCGACUUCAACUUCGGAUUCGGGGGAUUCGGAGGUGGUCCCAUGGGUGAUCACCUUGCUAUGGUCACCCGAGGUGGGUCCGCUGGUCGAGGGCGUGGUCGCGGUGGGAGAGGUGGUGGUGCAGGAAGGGGUAGAGGGCAAGUGGACGAAGAAGACCCGAGUGUCGCGAGGUGUCCUGUUUGUAGGGCACCUAUACCUGGCUGGGACGGGCGCGGUGGAGGGGUGA